UCUUCAUGAGUCUCUCUCCUUUCUCCGGCGGUUGAUCUCUCUCUCUCUCUCCAUUCUCCGGCGGUUGAUUUCUCUACACCCAUUUCUCCGGAGAUCGAACUUGUAAUUAGUAAUCAAGAGAGAAAGAGCUUAAAAGGGUCGAUUUUUUUUGAAAAUGUCAUUUUACAGAUCGCAGCAGUUUCUAUUUCUUUCUAUUUCUCUCUUACUUGCAUCAAUUUUCUUUGUUUGUUCAAAUGGGGAGUCUAAGUUUUACACAGGGGAUGAUUUUGAAGUGAAUAUUGAUAAUGGGUUUGCAAAUUGGGGUGCGAAAAGAGUGUUACUUGCUGAAGCUGGUGAACCUAGCGGCGAAGAUGCUCUUAACUCAACUUAUCUAAUCUUGGCUGCAAAAAGAACUCAUAGGAAAGAUCCUCUUGAUGGGUUUAAAAAAUAUACAGGCGGUUGGAACAUAAGCGAGAAGCAUUACUGGGCUUCGGUCGCGUUUACUUCUGCUCCCUUCUUCGUCAUUGCAGCUGUCUGGUUUAUCUUAUUUGGACUUUGUUUGUCGUUCAUAUGUCUCUGUUAUUGCUGUUGUAGAGGCGAGCCUUAUGGCUAUUCUAAAUUUGCCUAUGCUCUUUCCCUCAUUUUACUUAUAUUCUUCACUAUUUCAGCAAUAGUCGGAUGCAUUGUUCUGUACACUGGUCAAGGGAAAUACCACACUAGUACCAAAAGUACUUUGAAAUACGUGGUGAAUGUGUCGCAUAUGACUGUCGAAAAUCUUAGGAAUGUUUCGGUCUAUCUUUCUGCAGCUAAGCAAAUUUCAGUGGAUCAAGUUAUCCUACCUUCGAAUAUUCAAGAUGACAUUGAUCGGAUUCAGACCAAGAUUAAUUCUUCGUCUAACACUCUCGAUACCCGAACCAAAGAUAACGCCCAUAAAAUAAACUGGCUCUUGAACACCGUGAGAUUGGCUCUUAUCAUUAUCGCUGCUGUUAUGCUUGGCUUGACCUUCCUCGGUUUUUUGUUCUCGCUGUUCGGUAUGCAGUCCUGCGUAUACUUAUUGGUUAUUAUCGGGUGGAUACUUGUUACGGGUACAUUUAUUUUGAGCGGUAUUUUUCUUCUCCUACACAAUGCGUCAGCGGAUACUUGUGUCGCGAUGAACCAAUGGGUGAAAAACCCAACCGCUCAUACGGCUUUGGAUGACAUUCUUCCUUGUGUCGAUAAUGCGACUGCUCAGGAGACGUUGACAAAAAGCAAGGAAGUAACCUCCCAACUUGUCAACGUGAUAAAUCAGGUUAUCACCAAUGUCUCGAAUGGAAACUUUCCUCCCAACUUUGGACCUUUGUACUACAAUCAAUCUGGUCCUUUGUUGUCGAUUCUCUGUAACCCUUUUAAUGCUGAUAUGACAAACCGAACCUGUCAGACGGGUGAAGUCGAAUUGGGUAAUGCUACAGAGGUUUGGAAAAACUAUGUUUGCGAGGUUUCAGGAAAUGGAAUAUGCACGACUACAGGUAGACUUACACCAGCAAUUUACGGUCAGAUGGCAGCAGGUGUUAAUGUUAGCUAUGGAUUGUACACUUAUGGUCCGUUUCUGGUUAGUCUAGAAGACUGUUCCUUUGUUCGCGAAACAUUCUCAGACAUAUAUAAGGAUCACUGUCCUGGCUUGAGGCGAUACAGCGAAUGGACCUAUGCAGGAUUGUUCAUGGUUUCAGCUGCUGUUAUGCUCUCUUUGAUCUUUUGGGUAAUUUACGGGAGGGAGAGAAGGCAUCGCGUUUAUACGAAAGACCAUGAUGCUGGAGGGCACAAACGGUAUUGAGGUGUAGAGAGAGUAAUGGUGGUUUGAGUAUUAUUGACAUAUUGUUGUAAUGUUUGUGCAGUUUUAUGUGUGAAGUUUGUGUUAAUUGAAGGAUUCUAGGUUAUUUUGGUAUUAUUAGUGAUUAUCAAUUGGUUGAUAUUAAUGAGUCAUUUUGGUGUAA